AUGUCUGCGCAUGAGUGGCAAGCAGCUGGUCCGGAUGAUAAAAGGUCACCAUGUCCCGCAUUAAAUUCCUUAGCUAAUCAUGGAUAUCUACCUCGUAGUGGAGAAAAUAUCACAAAGAGUCAACUUAUAAAAGCUCUUAAAGAAGGUCUUAACGCAUCAACUGCAGUCGCCUAUUAUUUAACUUACACUAGCCUUCAUGGUAUUGGCAAGCUAUGUGCUAAGACAUUUAAUCUUGACGAUCUAAAUCAACACAAUAAAUUAGAACAUGAUGCAUCACUAACUCGAAAAGACUUUUACUUUGGUGAUAACCACACAGUCGAUCCGGAAUUAGUUGAUUUAUUACUCGAACAGAAUAUUGAUGGAAAAAUCAAUGAAGAAGCAUUAUCAAAACUUCAUUGGAUUCGAUUAAAUAAUUCAAAAGAAUCAAAUCCAACUGUAACUUAUGAUAAUUCACGAAAGUUUACUUCGGGAGGUGAAACUUCUUUAUUAUUAAAUUUUAUUGGUGCUAAUACAAAUUAUGAGAUCGAUAUUGAAAAAUUAGAAGUAUUUUUGAAAUCUGAAAAGUUUCCAGAAGGAUGGAGAAAACCCGAUAAGACGGUUGGAAUUUGGCCACUCGUAAAAAUGUUAAUGUCAUCGCUAAAAAGAUUUGAUCAACUGGAAAAAGAACAGAAUGAACAAAAUGCUAACUAA